AUUCUUCUUGCUGUUUUUACCUGAAAUUUGAUAUACACAUUUAGUCCUACCCCGCUGGUCUCGUUGCUAUAAAACAGAUAACAAAGUAGGAAACUUCAUCAUGAGCAAUUUAAGAAAAUCAGCCAUUUUAAACGCGACUCCGUCAAUGUCAGCCACUACAACCUCGGAAUCAGGUGGUGAUUCCUCCGCGCGACUCCAACAUUCAGACUCAGUACUCAACCUCACUAAGCCUUCGUUGUUUGGACUUUACGACAACGACGAUUUUAGCGUCAGCAAAGAAACUGAAGAGAAAGAUAUGGAAAUUGUAACUCGAGCCCAAGAGAACCAAAAGAAGAAACCAACCGUACCUACGAUUGCUCCACAAAACUUGAUUAAAUUACCGUUGGUUGUAAAACUCUUGAUUUUAUCAGGCUCGGCAUUUUUGUACAAUGAAAUAACCAAACAUAUCAAUUAUAAACAUUUUAGUGAUAAUAAAUUGGCAAAUAUCCCCGUCACCAUCUCCAACAUAUUUGUCAGCGGGUUUUUGUCAAAAUUUAGAAUAAGCACCUAUAUCCCAAUAGAUAGUGAUGUAGGGAAGGUAUUGGACCAAUUGUUGGCCCUUACUAUUCAAGGUGCUGGAAUGGGAUUAUUACAUCCAAUCAUGGAUCGUAUUUUGCCUACGUAUUUCACAAGACGAGUUUUGUCAUCAAACCCAUACCCAACCUAUUCAACUACGUAUUCCAACUUGUUUAAUGACUUGAUUAGAUCAUGCAUCACCUUUUUAGGUAUUAGUUAUGCCAUUCGUAAAAUUGAGUGGUCUUCGUUUUUGCAAGUUUCCAUUCUUUGGUCGUUGUUGAACCCCGGGUUGUGGUUAUUGUUGGAUGGAACUCUUUCUGGGUUUUUGGCUUCACUCUUGGGAUCCUUUGUCGCUUGUGCAGGGAUUUUCGUUGAGAACUUUGCAUUUGUGGUGCUUUAUGGGGCCAAUUCCGAGGAUAGUAUUGCUCUUUGGUUAUGGAUUGCCAGUUUCUUCUUUUGUGGAAUUAUCAUCUUUGGUAAGAUUGGAAGAGGAUUGUUCUAAUCUACCAAAAGAUUAUAUUACAAUAUAGAAACUGCAUUGGUAAAGAGGUAUCCCUCGAUCAAAAAAAAAGUGUUCAAUCGAACAACUGAAUGAAGAUACGUAUUUUAUUUAGAGAUUAAAACAUUUAAUUGUGAUGUUG